AUGAUGUUGCUGCGACGACUACUGUACCUUACGGCCCUGUUUUUGAGUGUUGCCUGUGUGUGUGUGGUGGCUGGAGAGGAACAACUACAAACUUCUGAUGGUGGUGCGUGUCGUGAGCCAGGCAGUAUUGGUCCAAAGUGUGAAAAAGACCCUAAGUCACCUGAAACUUCCCCUUCUGAGUGUGCAGACCUUUCUGAGAGUGAGAGGUGCAAUACCAAUGGUGACGAAAGUGAUGGCGAGUGCCAUCAAGAAUCUAAACCUUGUUCACCACAAAAGAAACCGGCUCUAACUACACCAAAUAAAGAAAAUCCUGAAGGCGACCGCGGUACUAAUGGUACUGUUGGCGCUGCUGGUGCUGCUGGAGCAGGUACAGGAGCUGGUAGUGCCGCUAGUGGUCCUGGUGGUCCUGGUGCUCUUCCUGCAGUUGGUGAUGCUGUUUCACCCAGUUCUGUUCCGGUAGCAAGUCAAGGUACGAAACCUGUUCAAGGCGAAGCAGAUCUCUCUGCUUCAGCUCCUGGUGAGAUAACUGGUGGUCAGACUGCAGUUGAAGAUCAAGCUGAAAGCACCGAUAACAGUAAAGAAGUUGAAAAUGCAACGAAUGCUGACGGUGCAGCAGAACAGCCUUCUUCUUCCAACACUACAGUCACAGAGAGUACCAGUGGAUCUGACACUUCACCUACUGAGAAUGGCAGUACAUCUGCAGGAACUGAGUCAACAAAUACCCAAAGCACUGAUGUGGGAAAUACAGAAACAUCCACCACCACCACCACAACAACAACACUUCCUCCUGAACUCACAAACAACAAGAAGGGUGAUGCAGACAGCAGCAGCAGUAUCAGCAGUUCUGUGUGGGUACGUGUGCCACUACUGAUUGUGACUGUGUUGUUCUCCGCUACUGUGUGCUGA